AUGGAGGCGCUCAUUCAACGGAUUCCUGGGAUGCCGGCUCCGAUUAAGAAGAGUGCAGCAAGCUGUUAUGCGGACUCUCCAUUCGUAGACGACAUUGCACUAGUGGAAAUGCCAAAGAAGUUCAACUUCCCAAAUAUGAAGAUGUUUGACGGGACGUCUGACCCGGAUGAUCACAUCGCACAGUAUAGGCAGAGGAUGUUCACCGUUGCCAUCCCACGUGAUAUGAGGGAAUUUGCUAGUAGCAGGAAACUUGAAAAGUCUGCAGAAGACCUCUACAUCAUAGUUCAACGACGGGGUGAGCCUUUACGAGAGUACGUAGGCCGCUUCAACAAAGAAAAGGUUUCUAUAACCCAUUGUAAUCAGGACACAGCCAUCUCAGCCUUCCGCAAGGGACUCCGGUACGACUCAGACCUAUACAAAGAACUUACCAAGUAUCCUUGCAAGACGAUGGAAGAUGUUCUCGCCAAAGCCUGGGCACAGAUCAAGUGGGAGGAGGAUGAAGUUAACUAUUAUCACUCUUCUCCGAGGAAAGACACUCGAAGAGACUCGAGGGCAGGCAGACGGCAGAGUGAUAGACGAUCCGAGCCAUACCCAUAUCCCAACAGAUCAGAGAACAGAAGGAGGGAGUACAACCGGUCGUCCGAGACACGUCUGCGAGAUGGACCAAAGAUACCAGAAUACAAUCUUUCAAUUUCACCAGCUGAAGUCGUUGGCGUACUGAAAGGACUCGGAGACAAAGUGAAAUGGCCGGAAAGGAUGAGGACUCCGUCUGACCAGCGAGACAAAGCAAAAUGGUGUGAAUUCCACAAUGACCACGGUCACCGAACGGAUGAGUGCAUUGCCUUAAAACUCGAAGUAUCCAACCUGUUAAAGCGUGGUCACCUGACUGACUUACUUACAGACAAAGGCAAAAGAACAUUCCAGCAGGAGGCAGACAGGUCAGUCGUCCGAAGAGAAGUAACCCCGCCGAAACCACCUACUCAUGAACGGACGGUGAACGUAAUAACUGGUGGCUCUGAGGUAAGCGGAGUCACCCAUUCAGCAGCCAAAAGACAUGCCAGGCAGACCAACUGGGUCAAAGGAGAGUCCGACGAGACAGAGAAGAAUACCAUCAACCUACCAGCUCAAACCAUCAGUUUCUCAACAACAGAGUCAACCAGACUCCUCAACCCACAUCAUGAUGCUCUUGUCAUUGCACUUUACAUUGCUAAUUGUCUUACUAAACGUAUACUUAUUGAUAAUGGUAGUUCAGCUAACAUUUUAUUUUUAAGUGCUCUCAGGGAAAUGGGGAUAGAUGAAUCAAAGAUUAUAAAGAAGACUACAAUCCUCAUCGGUUUCAGUGGAGAACAAAAGAACACACUAGGAGAGAUCGAGCUACCUGUCUAUGCCGAAGGAGUCAAUCUAUGCACAAGAUUCCUGGUAGUAGACUCUCCGUCUGCUUACAACGUGAUACUGGGACGACCAUGGAUACAUGAAAUGGAGGCAGUCCCUUCAACAUACCACCAAGUUUUAAGGUUCCCAACUAAGUGGGGAGUAAAAGAAAUUAAAGGCCAACAGAAAGAUUCGAGAGCGUGUUACCAGACUACCAUGAAACCCAAACCCGCUCAGUUAUAG